AUGAAGACCGAAUUCCAAAACUGGUGGCGGAGCCAGACGGCCCAUCCAUCUCGUCUCCAGCCCAUAGUACCUAUCUGCCCAUGCGCAGCUUGCUUCAACGGCACGGGACACGGUCAAGAAGUCUUUAGGGAUCCUAUAGAUCCCGGCGAGGUUCUACCACCGAGAAGUAAUACGAACGCUGCCGUUGUCGAGAAGUCGAAGGAGGAAGGGUCUAAAUCGAAACCCGUGAAGAAACCGUGGUAUAAGCAGGCAAACAGUCUAGCCCAUAAGUCAAGCAUGGCAAGUGUAGCUUCAGACUUAGUUCCCUUAUGCUCGGCACCAACAACUUCAACUCGGCGAGUUAGUUCGGAAACCAAGGCUUAA